UUGUGAAGUCCUGUUUUUAUUUUUUCACCCCUUCGCGUGCCCUCCUUUUCCGCCCCUGUCAGGCCUCCUCUUAAUAAGGGACAAAAGAAAAGGGAAAAAAAAGGUUCCCCCUUCCCCGACCUUUCCUUUCUUCUAAAAAAAAAAAAAAGAAAAACCUCCAACUCUCUUCUUCUCUCUCUAUAUCAUUCACUUCUUUUCCUUCAGUUUACUUCCGUCUAUCUCUUUGUGUAGCCUGGGAUUUUCUCUCUUUGCUGGGUUUGAAAACUGCAACAAAUUUUGAUUCUAUUUUUUCUUUCUUCUUCUUCUUCUUUGUGCGAACCAUAAUUCAACAAUGAAGAUUCAUCCAAGUAAAAACUUCUUGUGGUGCAGUUAAUGUACGGUAUGAAGAAUUCGAGCCAAUGGGUUAUCAAAUUUACUACUGGAAAUGAAGGAGAGGCAGCGUUGGAGAGCUGAAGAAGAUUCCCUUUUACGUGCGUAUGUGAAGCAAUAUGGCCCAAGGGAGUGGAACCUUGUGUCCCAGCGUAUGAACACGCCUCUUGACAGAGACGCGAAAUCCUGUUUGGAGAGGUGGAAGAAUUACCUCAAGCCAGGUAUUAAGAAAGGAUCUUUAACAGAGGAAGAACAACGUCUUGUAAUCCGUCUUCAAGCUAAACACGGCAACAAGUGGAAGAAAAUUGCAGCUGAAGUCCCGGGUCGAACUGCUAAGAGAUUAGGGAAGUGGUGGGAAGUGUUUAAGGAGAAGCAGCAAAGGGAACAGAAGGAAAAUUCAAAAAGCACUGACCCCAUUGACGAAGGCAAAUACGACAGAAUCCUUGAAACAUUCGCGGAGAAGUUGGUGAGAGAGCGUUCAACUCCAACUCCAUCUCCAACUCCUUCAUUCUUCAUGGCAACCUCCAAUGCUGGUUUCCUUCAAUCUGAUGCAGCUACAGCAGCACCACCACCACCACAACCAACUCUGCUUCCGCCUUGGUUAUCAAAUUCGAAUGGCCCUCUAACAACAUCCUCUUCUCCUUCAGUAACUUUAAGCCUCUCGCCCUCAACAAGUGCUCCAUCUCCUACCAUUCCGUGGCUACAACCUGAAAGAACCGGAACUGACAAUAGUAAUAAUAAUAACAAUUCCUCCCUUAUGUUGAGCAAUUUGGCACCACAUGGUUCAGUUUCUACAAACAGAGAGCGGCUUAUAGUCACGGAACUUUCCGACUGCUGCAGAGAGUUGGAAGAAGGACACCGAGCUUGGGCAGCACAUAAGAAGGAAGCAACUUGGAGACUUAAAAGGGUAGAACUUCAGCUAGAGUCCGAGAAGGCAUGUCGAAAAAGAGAGAAAAUGGAGGAAAUCGAGAUGAAAGUGAGAGCACUUCGAGAAGAACAGAAGGUGUCACUAGAGAGGGUCGAAGCAGAAUAUCGUGAACAACUAGCUGGUUUAAGGAGGGAUGCAGAUGCGAAGGAACAGAAGUUAGCUGAUCAAUGGGCAGCUAAGCACAUUCGCUUAAUGAAAUUUGUAGAGCAGAUUGGCCGACAGAGGCCCUCCAUUGAAUCCAAUUGCAGGUGAGCAGGAGAACCUAGGUUGUUCAAAAUUGUCGGGGAUAUAGUUUCCAGAUAUAUUAAGGGUAGAUUAUAUGUGCAUUCUUUUCCUGUCUGCUCCUGAUGCAGUUCAAAGACCUCUCUUAUGUUAUUCUCUCUAUCUUGUAGAAUUUGCAUAUGCAGCAAGAGUUAGCAUUUCAGUCCAAUUUUCCAAUUGAUGAUUGCAUGUUUAGCUGAGGGUUGAGAAUAUUUUUCACAUUGGCAGUAAUAGUUCUGUAUGCAAACUGCAAACCAGUGUUUGAAUAUAGGAUGAACACAAUGUAUCUAUUAC